AUGAACAGUAAUAAAACAUGCCUGGCAGCACAAGCAAAGUCGCCAUUGGGAAGACCUUUAACUGCCCAUGCCGUUUGUGCAGGAUCGUUUCCGGGACACCGUGUUUCCUGCAGUUUGUACAAGAAUAUGAUUGUUGACGAACAGGAUGACGAGGAACAGAAAAAUCUGAUGAAUUGUCUCGAUCUCCUCAUCGCUGCCGGAUACUUUCGUGCAAGAAUUAAGGGCCUAGCUCCAUUCGACAAGAUUGUUGGUGGCAUGGUAUGGUGUUUAUCUCACUGCAAUCGCACGGUUGAUGCUGAUCUUUUGUUCUCUGAAAGUUUGGAUAUCGGCCAAAAAAUAGCAUUAACAGAGAAAAUCGUACAUGUUUUGGGAGCUUUGGAAUGCCCGCAUUCGAUAGAACCACAUCAAAUUCAAGGUCUAGACCUGCUUCAUAUUUACCCAGUUAUUCAGGACGAUAUAUCCAGCGUUGACAGUUUGAAAUCGUCGAGUGACAUUCAAGAAGAAGAGAUGAUCAACAUGCUGAAUGAACUCGACAAACAGCUAGAGUUGAAGAAAAGACAGCACGCUGAAGCAGUCGCUGAAUAUGACACCCAGCUUGCAAGGAAGUCUGAAAUGGAAGCAAUUUUUUCCCGUUUCACAUCUGAGUAA